AUGUCGAAACAGGAGCCGUUGCAGAAGAUUCCCGGUGAGUGUCCGACGCCCCGAGAACUGGGUAAGGCAGGCUGGAUUAUACUCCACAGUGCUGCCGCUGUGUUUCCGUACAACCCUACACCCACACAACAGGAGGCAUUCCGCAACUUUUUACACGGCUGGUCCCACGCGUAUGCUUGCAGCCAUUGUGCAUACCACAUGCGACGUUACUUUCACCAGAAUCCACCCGUCGUCACGGAUAAGUUGGCACUCAACCGAUAUCUCUGUGAAUUUCACAACGCUGUAAAUGAGAGAGUUGGAAACAAGAUAUAUGAUUGUGACCCCAUGAAUGUUCUCCGCCGGUGGCACCCAACGUUUCCAGAUAUGGAGGAUCAACCUACAAUCGAGGAACAGGUGAAGUCACUCGAAUUAAAGGAAAAGAAUGAGACACCGCAAGGCGUUAGUGAUCGAUGGCGACAGCAGAACUCUUCCGCGUCACCAGAUGGUAACGUUGGUCGAUGGUCAGUGGGGGACGCGCGGUGGACCGAUACAACUAGCGAGUCGCGUAGGACUAAUGUCGGUGAGAUCUCAGCGGGAUGGGGAACCGCUGGUGAGAAGAUGAAACAAAGAAAUAGUGCGGGGGACGGAGUCAGUGAUGCGGGUGCGAGCGAAAAGAAGUGGUGGCGAUGGGGAAACUCCACUUCGAGUUCCACUACCGCAACCAUCGCAACACCUUCUGCAGCUGAACCUGCCGAGGAUGUUGAGGCUAGCGUUACCUCUAUAUUGAGUAAACUAAGGGCUUGCAUGGUUUACUGCCCUGAUGAUAAGAAAUCAUCAGCGUGA